ACACCGCUCCUCUGCAGCCCUGAAGCAGACAGCCUGGUUUCUUGGACGUCAUAUGAUAAGGCUGGAGAAAAGCCAGCAGGGCCCCCGUUUGGAGAGGAGGACCCAUAUCUCAGUCAACGCGCGCAAGCCAGGGCCCCCUUUAUCUCUACAAGGCAGGGAGGCGUAUCCCUCCCCCCCUCCCUCCCUCUCUCUCUCCCACUCCCCUUCACAUACCACUCUGACUCCCUCUCUCUCUCUCUCACCCCUACACUAACUACAACCUGCCUCAGACGACGCCCCAUCGCCCGUGAGAUUCCCAGAACCGAGGGCAGCGCCAAGUCCGUCGUGCGUCUUUUUCUUCGCUCGAGAGGAAACCCAUCGGGCUUUUAUUAUUGUCGGGCUGUGCGCUCAGGAGGCUGCCCACGGCAUCACCUCAGCAAUAACAAGAGGGGUGCCAGCCAGCAGAAGAGGAAGAAGAGGAGGAGGAGGAGGAGGUGGCGGCGGUGGUGGUGUUGGUGGAGGAGGAGGAGAAGGGGAAGGGGUGUUAGAGUAUCCAGAAUUGACGCUCAGAAAUAAACAAGGAGACACCCUUGUUUUUGGAAGACGUCUGUGGCGGGAAGCGACAGGGAUCUGCAACUGAGAUGGCUGAGGUGUCACAAGAGGAGAGACUCCAGGCCAUCGCUGAGAAGAGGAAGAGGCAGACGGAGAUUGAAAACAAGAGGAGGCAGCUGGAUGAUGACCGACGGCAACUCCAGCAUCUCAAGUCGAAGGCACUGAGGGAGCGCUGGUUGUUAGAUGGAGCUCCUGCAGAGGAGGAGACCCAGAAGCGUCUGCAGGAGGACGAGGUGAAGACCAAACUCCUGGAGCAGGUCAUCCUCAGGCUGGAGCAAGAGAUUGAAGAGCUGGAGACAGACGCGCCAGCCAAUAAGGGUGUGGCCAAAGAAAAUGGAGGUGAAAACGGAGUAGUGCAGAGCUCUGGUCAGACCCCCAAGAGAGAGGUGACAGGGAUUGAGGCCAAGUUGCUGGGUCCCAGUCCUGACCAAGCUAGCGCAGACAACCCCGUCACCCUCGUGUUUAUGGGUUACAAGACCGUUGAGGAGGAGCAGGAGACCCGCACUGCCUUGGGAAUGGAAGGGGUGGAUGGCAACGUCAAGGCUGAGUUUGUUGUGAUUGAGGAUGGGGAGGGGAAAGCGGGAGGAGAGGCGGCCACAGCAGAGCAGGCUCCACCCAACGGGAGCAUGGCGGAGAAAGAAAAGGCUAACGGAGGUGGAGAGGAAGGAGAGAAGGAAAAUGAGAAGAAACAGACCUGCAAAUGCUGCACGGUCAUGUGAGCUGUGUGUGUGUGUGCGUGAGAGUGUGUGUGCACGUAUGUAGUAUAUGUGGGUGUGUGUGUGUGUGUGAGUGCACACCUGCUCCUAUGCAGGCACGUGUGCCAUUGCAUGUGGCAGAUGUGUGUAGCUUUGUGUUUGUGUGUGUGUGUGUGUGUGUGUGUGUGUGUGUGUGUGUGUGUGUGUGUUUGUCUGUGUGUCAGAACUGGAAAAAGAAAAACAAAAAACCGAAGUACAGUACCACAGCCGAUAUACCAACAAUGAGAGCCAAUACAAGCUCCAGCUACAACAACAACAACAAGAACCACAAAGACUCAUAAGUACACUUUACUCUGUAUACUUUCUCUGAUAUGUAUUUGACUUUUGAUUUCUAUUGAUAUUUUUCUAUUUUUCUGUCUUGACAUUUAUAUUGUAUUCAGUAUGUAUAUCUUUAUUAUGGGACUGUGUACUGUAAGUUCAUUGUUAUUAUUGUUGGAAAAAAAAAAUGUAUUAGCUCUCUGGAUUGUACUGCGACCCACCGGGAGGAAAUCUGGAAAAUCAUCUAAGUCAAAACAGCAAACUAUGAAGGACACAGAUACUUAAAUAUAUAUAUUUCUCUGUGUAGGCCUACCAAUUAUUUAUCGGUCAAUUUCAUAUUGCAAUAUUGUCUAAGAUAUUAUUUUAAAUAGUAUUUUAAUAUAUUGAUAUGAAAUUAUGUUUUAUACAAUGUAUUUAUUGUUUUUUGGUUCUCUAUAUCAUCUCAAACCAUUAACUGCAUGUAAGCUUGUAAGCACUACCAGAUCCGCUUUACAAUCAUAACAAGUGUCUGUGCUUUUCUUAGACUCAUACGUGCUCAUAUCUUUAGUCACACAAGUCGCUCUAUCAGUAACAGUUAACACAUAAUUGGCAGUGUUAGAGAUGCGCAUUAAGUUUAAAAAAAAAGAAAAAAAAAGAAAUCCACUGCACGGAGACAAAGAGGCUGAUUAGAAACAGUGGCCAUAUCGCAAAAAAAAACAAAAAAAACGCAUUAGCUUCUCAUAGAUAACUAUAUGUGACACAUGUACAUGAAGAUCACAGCUUUUGUAUUUUUGAAAUAAGACGGCUACACUCACUUUAUGAUCAAAAAAACCCCAUUGCGCAAUGAUUAGAAACCGCUUAAAUCAUUUUGUUCUCUCAAACAGUAGAAUCAAUGUAAAUCUUAUGAGGUAGCACUGCAUGAAGCCUUGCAACUGUUUUGACUUGUCUUGUCACUUGUUAGGUCUUUAUUAUAUGCUAUCACGUUCACUUGAAUGUAAAUCCAGGGGUUAAAUUGGGAUUCGUUCUACCGUAACGAGAAGAGGUUGGGCUUGCUCAGCUCGCCAUUCAACAACAACAACAACAACAACAACAAAAAAAGAAAGAAGCAUUUUGUCUCUUUAUGAACCAAAUAAAAUCUGAUGAUACUGUAAUUUCACUGUGUGUUGGUCAGCUGCUGGUUUCUGUCUUGUUCGCUCCCAGUUUAACCCCUGACUCUUUGUCUGUAGACCUGGGCCCAAUAGUACUUUAAUAGAUUUACAGGAAAAAAAAGAUUUGGGGCUUUUGAAUAGACGUUUCUCACAAAUACAGAUACUCUCUCUCUCUGUCUCUCUCUUCAGCCUAAGAACACUAUAUGAAAAUGUAGUUGUGCCCAGAAGCUUUUUAGUAAUUGCUGUAUUAGAAACGGGCCACAUUCUAUAUAAAAAAAAUAACAGUCUAACUAUUUUAAACUGUGCAGGUUGUUAGCAAGACAAAUCAUGCAUAUGCACUAUAGCAAUUUAAAGCCCUAAAGAACCUAUUGAAAUACAGUUUGGCCCAGUAGAGGCCAUUGGACAGUCCUGGUCAGUGAUUCUGUGCCAUCAGUUCUUCUACUCAUCCCUCUUCAUCUACCACCCAUGUCUCUGAUUCACCAACAUCACCAUUAUCUCAUCAUCACACAACCCCACCCUCUAUGCUCGUAGACACGCAGUUCAAAAACCUCUGAAGUUGGUGCUAAUCACGAGUCUCGUCUAAACAAAAAAACACUCUCCAUCCACCAACUGUUUUUUUUUUCUUUCUUCUUGUUCACGUUCUUACUCAAACCGCUGGUGACGGGGGGGAUUGUAGGAAUCUACUGCCUCCUGCAUACACUUACUGAGUCUUUCGCAACCUUCAGUGCCAGAUGCAUUCUCUCAAGUCCUGCCUACAUUUACCACCAGAGAAAUCAUCCCUUCUUACAUUCCAUAGGGAGGUCAACAGGCGUGGACGGAUGAAAUAUAGUCUAUGCUUUCCAUAUGUACAGUUCCACGGUAAUUGUACGACUUGCAACCUUGUUUCUUAUACUGACUCAUGUUUAUUUUUUCUUUCCUAUGGCCUCUUUGCAAGGCGGUAUAUUGUAUUUGAUGUGUGUAUUUUUAAAAAAAAGAACGAUGACUACAUCUGUGUAUUGUUGGUGCCUUUGUCAGGUUCAGUUGGUUGGACUUGUCUGUCUGCUGCCAUUUUUAGACCGGGGUUUUUACUUGCUCUGCUCCUGGUCAUGAUGACCCAAACACUGCCUUCUAGUCUAGAGGGUCACUUCACUAACUAUGAUUGAAUAUUAUACUCAUUUUUCACGUGAUAAAUAAAUGCAGCUCAGAUUAUACUAUAGGUAAUUUGCAGACUACUGUUGGUGUCUUUAAAAAAA